AUGGGUUUGACAUGGAAGAGAAGUAGACUAGAAGAAGAAUCCGUGGAGAAAUUUGUGAUGGCGAGCUGUGUGGACAUCAUGAAGAGGAACGAGUCAUUGGGACCGCUCAAACUCUUCGAGUGCAAGACAUGCAAGAAAAAAUUUGAUUCUCUUCAAGCACUAGGUGGACACAAAGCAAGUCACAAAAGUUGGGCGAAUAGGUUCAUGUUGAUGAGUACUAAUGGCAACUCAUAUAAGCUCAAAAAACACAAAUGCUCCAUUUGUGGCGAUGAAUUCGCUAUUGCACAAGCGUUAGGCGGUCAUAUGGGAAAAUAUCACAAUAAAUUGAAUCAACUAGAUCAGAAGAAGAAAAAAUUGAAGGAAAAUUCGAAGAGUGGUGAAUCUGUGGAUGCUUUUCCGGAGAAGAAAUCCAAGUGUAGUGGAAGAACUUUAUUUUGGGAUUUGAAUUUGACGCCAUCUGAGAAUGAAUUAAUGACAGGGAUUUCUUUUUAG